AACUAACGUGUUCAACGCUCCGGGGGCCGGGGGGCGGCAGGGCGAGGAGGCGGGUCUGGUGUUACUGAAUAGUGUCUGCUGCCUCGGGCUCCUGGUGUGAGCUGGGCUCUGUCUUUGUGUCGGGUCUUUUUGGUCGUGUGAGGGGGACACUUUUCUCCUAAGCCCGCCCCUCAGCCGGGGCCGUAUUAUUUGGGCUUCUCGUUUCCCCCUGUGCUGAAAAGGAGGGCUGCAGCAGCUCCCAGAAGCAGGCUCGAGGACAUUUCCCCCUCACCCCUACAGCAGCUUUACAAUUUCAGCUGCCAGAUCUGUGGAGGAGAGAGACUUUCGCACAACCCCCCCUUCCCAAUCUUAAAUAUACAAAAAGCGGAAGAAGAGCCAGCAGCCGGGGAAGGGGGUGGAGGGGAACGGCAAUAUUGUUGCAGCUAUAGUGGCAGAGGCUGAUGGCGGAGUUUGGCAGCAGGGGUGCUGCCACUGGUAGCACCAGGGGCGGGGGCCUUCCCUCGUCCCCGGGUCCUGUCCAGGGGAAGGUGGCUUUCAAGGCAGGAGACGGGGAAGGAGGAGGAGGCGGCGGCGGCGGCGGUGGUAGAUCCUGUGUUGACAGUGCAGGCGGCGGGGUCUCCAAUGGGGACUGCGCUCUGGCCGGAGACGAGACAGGAUCAGCCCAGCUCGGCAGCCCCGGCAGCAAAGCGAGAGGAUGUUCCACCGUGCAGCAGAGGGAAAGCAAAUCCGGCAUCCCCCGGAGGAGCAGUAUCAUCAAGGAUGGUACAAAACAAAAGAGAGAACGGAAGAAGACUGUGUCAUUUAGCAGCAUGCCGACUGAGAAGAAGAUCAGUAGUGCAAGUGACUGUAUUAAUGCAAUGGUUGAAGGCUCUGAGCUCAGAAAGUUUCGGUCCAACUCGAGAGUAUAUCACCGGUACUUUCUUUUAGAUGCAGAUAUGCAGUCCCUGCGUUGGGAACCUUCAAAGAAGGAUUCAGAAAAAGCAAAGAUUGAUAUUAAAUCAGUCAAAGAAGUGAGAACAGGAAAAAAUACAGAUAUAUUCCGCAGCAAUGGAAUUUAUGAUCAGAUAUCAGAAGACUGUGCAUUUUCAAUUAUUUAUGGAGAUAACUAUGAGUCUCUAGAUCUCGUUGCUAACUCAGCAGAUGUUGCAAACAUUUGGGUUACUGGGCUAAGAUACCUAAUUUCUUAUGGAAAACAUACACUAGAUAUGAUAGAAAGUAGCCAAGAUAAUAUGCGGACUUCAUGGGUUUCACAAAUGUUCAGUGAAACUGAUGUAGAUAAUUUUGGACAUAUAGCCCUUUAUAAAGCUGUUCAAUUUAUAAAAAAAUUAAAUCCGGGUUUAAAAACAAGUAAAAUUGAGCUGAAGUUCAAAGAGUUACAUAGAUCCAAGGACAAAACUGGUACUGAAGUCACAAAGGAAGAAUUUAUUGAAGUUUUCCAUGAACUUUGUACCCGACCUGAGAUCUACUUCUUAUUGGUUCAGUUUUCCAGCAAUAAAGAAUUCCUAGAUACCAAGGACCUUAUGAUGUUUUUAGAAGCAGAACAGGGAAUGGCACAUGUCACAGAAGAAAUAAGUCUUGAAAUUAUUCACAAAUAUGAACCAUCAAAAGAGGGCCAGGAAAAGGGCUGGCUCUCAAUAGAUGGUUUUACUAAUUAUCUUACUUCACCUGACUGUCAUAUAUUUGAUCCAGAGCAUAAAAAGGUUUGUCAGGAUAUGAAACAACCUUUAUCCCAUUAUUUCAUAAACUCAUCUCACAAUACAUACUUGAUAGAGGACCAGUUCCGAGGUCCAUCUGAUAUCACAGGAUAUAUUCGUGCUCUUAAAAUGGGUUGCCGAAGUGUUGAAUUGGAUGUAUGGGAUGGUCCAGAUAAUGAGCCUGUAAUUUAUACAGGACAUACAAUGACAUCACAGAUAGUCUUCCGCAGUGUAAUUGACAUUAUUAACAAGUAUGCAUUUUUUGCUUCAGAAUACCCUCUUAUUCUGUGUUUAGAAAAUCAUUGUUCUAUUAAGCAGCAGAAAGUUAUGGUUCAACACAUGAAGAAAAUUUUGGGUGACAAGCUACACACACAGUCUCCAAACAUAGAAGAGUCUUAUCUUCCCUCACCUGACUCACUUAAAGGGAAAAUACUAAUUAAAGCAAAGAAGCUUUCCUCUAAUUGCUCUGGGCUAGAGGGAGAUGUUACAGAUGAAGAUGAAGGAGCAGAAAUGUCACAAAGAGUAGGGAAAGAGGGUGCAGAACAACAGAACACUGUGAUAGUGAAACGAUUUCAGCUUUGCAAAGAGCUUUCCGAAUUGGUAAGCAUAUGUAAAUCAGUUCAGUUCAAAGAGUUUCAAGUCUCAUUUCAGCUCCAGAAAUACUGGGAAGUUUGUUCAUUUAAUGAAGUGCUUGCUAGCAAGUAUGCCAAUGAAAAUCCAGGAGACUUUGUAAAUUACAACAAACGUUUUCUUGCCAGGGUUUUUCCUAGCCCUAUGAGGAUUGACUCUAGUAAUAUGAAUCCCCAGGAUUUUUGGAAGUGUGGCUGUCAGAUAGUAGCCAUGAACUUUCAGACACCUGGCUUAAUGAUGGACCUUAACAUUGGUUGGUUUCGACAAAAUGGGAAUUGUGGUUAUGUCCUUCGUCCUGCCAUCAUGCGAGAGGAAGUAUCCUUCUUCAGUGCAAAUACAAAAGAUACUGUGCCUGGAGUUUCACCUCAGCUUCUUCAUGUUAAAAUUAUUAGUGGGCAAAACUUUCCUAAACCCAAAGGGUCCGGUGCCAAAGGUGAUGUUGUAGAUCCUUAUGUAUAUGUAGAAAUUCAUGGAAUCCCAGCAGACUGUGCAGAAAAAAGGACAAAAACUGUCCAUCAAAAUGGAGACAAUCCAAUUUUUGAUGAAAGUUUUGAAUUUCAAAUUAAUCUUCCUGAACUCGCUGUCAUGCGUUUUGUAGUACUAGAUGAUGAUUACAUUGGGGAUGAAUUUAUUGGGCAGUACACUAUUCCCUUUGAGUGUUUACAGACAGGCUAUCGGCAUGUUCCACUGCAGUCUUUAACUGGAGAAAUUUUAGCACAUGCUUUCUUGUUUGUACAUGUUGCUAUUACUAAUCGAAGGGGUGGUGGGAAACCUCAUAAACGUGGCCUCUCAGUGAGGAAAGGAAAGAAAUCCAGGGAAUAUGCCUCUAUGAGAACAUUAUGGAUUAAAACCAUAGAUGAAGUAUUCAAGAAUGCUCUCCAGCCCAUACGGGAUGCCACGGAUCUGAGAGAAAAUAUGCAGAAUGCAGUAGUUUCAUUCAAAGAAUUAUGUGGCCUUUCUCCUGUAGCAAAUCUUAUGCAGUGUAUUCUGGCAGUGUCUACCCGCUUGGUCGGACCUGAUAGUACACCCUUGGUACUACUGAAUCUCAGUGAUCAGUAUCCCACUAUGGAGAUCCAAGGGACUGUUCCAGAGGUCUUGAAAAAGAUUGUAACUGCAUAUGACAUGAUGAUUCAGACCAUCAAGACUCUGAUUGAAACCGCAAAUAGUGUAUAUGAGAAGAUAGUACAGUGUCAGAGGGCAGCAAUGGAGUUCCAUGAAAACCUGCACAAUAUAGGAGCAAAGGAAGGUUUAAAAGAAAGGAAACUACAGAAAGCAGUAGAGAGUUUUACCUGGAAUAUUACAAUUUUAAAGGGACAAGCUGAUCUUCUAAAAUAUGCUAAAAAUGAGACAUUGGAGAAUCUGAAACAAAUCCAUUAUGCUGCUCUUUCAUGUGGACUCAAUAAACCAGGCACUGAAAAUGCAGACGUCUCAAAGCCCCGUCGAAGCCUGGAGGCCAUACCUGAAAAGUCAAGUGAUGAAAUUGGAGAAUGAGGGAAUUUUCUGCUCAUAAUUCUGGAGUUUAUAACUCUGCAACCAAUUGUAGCUGCACAGGACAUUUGCUUUGCACUUAAUAUUGAAAACUAUAUUUGGAGUUUUUAAAGCACAACUGGAAAAGCUAAUUACAAUCUAUUAAAACUGUGAACGUACUUUGCAAUUCUGCGUGUGACGGCAAUGAAAUUGUUUAACAUGGAAAUUAUCUUGCUGGCCAAAAUGUAUAUGUGUAAAAUAUAUCAUAAUUCAGUAAAGUGUGCUGAAAAGGGAAGAUGGAUUCAUAGAUGGACUGUGACUGUGCUUGAUUUUCAAAAUAAUUAGGUGUGCAAUUCCUUGAUUUUUGUGCAAAAUUCAGUAAUUGUUUGUAAUACAUGGGUAUGCAAUUGUGCACCUAACUUAUGAAAAUCAGGUCAAUAAAAUGAAUUACACAUUCCCUAAAAAAUGUGGAUUUUAUUUUAGACACUUGAGGGUAUUUGGGUUUGAAGGGGAAUAUUUUUUUUCUUGUUGAGCCAUAAGUAAAAAGGAGAAUGUAACUAGACGGUGCUCACUGACACUUCAGUGCACUAUAGGAGAGCCAUUGUGUGAAAGGAAAAUGUGCAAUCAGUCUGAUAUAGCCUAGGCCUAAAGACGAUACAUACCUAUGAACUUCAGCAAAUGUGUACAGCUAAUGUAAAAGUGACCAAAAUGCGAGUAAAGUGUUAUAAAUAAUUUUUCAUUCUGUGAAGUGAAGUGUUCACAUUAAA